CGCAAAUAUUUUCAUUCCUCAAUACGCCACUGGUACAUAGGUACCCGCGCGACAUGAGCUUGAAGCUUGUCGACGAAACAGCAGAUGUAUGUUGUCUAACAUGCAGCUCCCUGGGAUACUUAUACGCGCGCGACCACGACAAUGAUCGUCGUCCCGAACUUACUGUUCUUCCUGGACUUUCCUUCAAUGACUUCUGCAUAUCGGCGGAGCACGGAUGCUUUUUCUGUGAUGUCGUUCUGCAGAGCUUUUUGCUGUUGCAAUUUGUAGCUGAAGAGAUGCGGGUUGAACUGCUGCUAUACGCAGACUCGCCGGCUGAGCUACACUCAUCAGGUGGAAACGAUUUCCAUGAGGUUGUCGAAAUUUAUCCGUGUCCGACGAAUACAAGACCCAUGUAUCCAACAGUGGGCAACGACGUUCCGAGGGAAUCGACUUUCGCAGCGUCAGUGAACUUCCUGAAGGAAAAUUACUAUACCUGUGUCACUGAUCAUGAGGAAUGUGACCGGGGACCAAGCUGCCUCCCCAAACGCAUUGUCGAUAUUUCCAGAACCCGAUACCGUGUAGUCGAGCCACCUGUUGGAACGGAGGGUAUAUAUGCCACUCUAUCGUACUCGUGGGGCAGUAGCGGAUUUGCUAUGACUACGUCAGAAAACUAUGAAGAGAUGAAGCUUGGAUUUGACAGACAAAGACUCCCUAUAGCUUUCCGGGAUGCUGCAGACAUGGCACGAAGUCUUGGCAUCUGCUACCUCUGGAUUGAUACUCUAUGUAUAGUUCAAGAUAGCUCCACAGAUUGGGAAGAGCAAGCUGCAAGGAUGGGCCAAAUUUACGAAGGGUCUGCCAUCACUAUAGCAGCGUCUUUGUCGACAGACCCGCACCACUCUUUGUUUCAGGAACGGGAACGAAUUUACGAAGAGAUUGAACUGCUUAGCGGAUUUCAGAGAGGCCCUCCUGAUGUGGUAUUCAAAGCAAGAAGGAAGAUUGCUCGAGGCAUACAUGCCAAGACUGGACGGUCGAGAGACAUCGAUCCACUAGAUACACGGGCGUGGGGUCUGCAAGAGAAGAUGCUCUCAACGCGACUUAUAGCCUUUACUGGUGCAGAGUUACAGUGGACCUGUAGAGCAUCCAAAGCAUGCGAGUGCCGCCAUAGUGCACUUCCAGUAGAUCCACUCUUCCCUGCACCUAUUGGGACGGCAACAACAAACGGAAUCAUAAAACUCUCUAGAAGUUGGAGUCAAAUAAUCGAAGAGUAUUCGGCUCGAGAGUUGAAAUUCCCCGAAGACAGACUCCCAGCUUUGAGUGGUCUAGCGAACAAAUUUGGGGCCGAAACCGGAUAUACGUACAUCGCGGGUGGAUGGAAGGAGACUUUGCUCUAUGACCUGGUCUGGCAACGCGAUCUUGGUCCAAUUCUAGAACCUUCGACCUGGCUUGCCCCAAGUUGGUCGUGGGCCUCAUCGUCUGGUGCUGUGAACUUCCGGCUCGCGCGUCACUCAUAUCCUGGCUCUCGAAUUGAGCACACAAGACUGGUCGACCUUUACUAUAAGAGUACUGGCAGCAGUCCAUAUAGCAGAGCUUUGGCAUGCUCAUUGACUGUACAUGGCCACGCUGUAGCAGCUCUUUUGCGGCGGCCUUCUCACGAUAUCGAAACCUAUACAAUCUGCAUCGACGGUGCAAUAUAUUCGCCAAAUACCGAUAAGCGGGCCACAUGUGAAUUCUCUAUUGAUGCAUCCGUACCACCCUACAAUGCAAACGAAACCCCAGGCACUUCAGAACAGUUACGAAGUAGAACGUAUGACGACGCUCUCGACCAAGAACGAGAGGAGCCGAUUACACUUCUGAGCCUUUACUCUAUCCAUCACCGCAGAUACCUGUAUCACAAUUUCUUGAUCCUUGCAAGAUCGGACCAUGAAUCCAACACCUACCGACGCAUCGGUAUAGGGUCAGGUAAGAUGUAUCGUGGAAACGGUUGCGAGCACGCAUUCCCAAGCGAGGCGCAACAUGUCAGACCAUUUGAGUGGCUGUCCGUUGGUGGCAAAGAUACUGGUCGCAAGUUCCGAGAUAUCGUGGAGCAAGUCGUGCGCAUCCAAUAGUUCUGCGGUAUGCUACAUUGC